AUUAUUAUAUUGUUGGGACAUUGUAGUGUUCCUCGUUUCUUAUUUUUUUUUACGUUGAACUCAUUAAAAUCGACCAGUUUUAAAAUGAAUAGUAAAAAAACAGUUUCUAUAAGUUUAGUCUUUUUGAUCAUAGUUUUUGUAAAGUCACAAUCUACAUAUAAAGCAGCUGUUGUAGAAUUCUCACCACGAAUUUCCGCAUAUAAUCCCCAAGAUUUACUUUUAGAAAACGCAGCAUUUUAUGUUGAUUACAUUGAAAACGCAGCUGAAUUGGGCGUCGAAAUUAUAGUUUUUCCUGAAGAUGGUCUAACAGGCUUAAAUAUAUGGACAGCAGAUGUAACAUUUGAAUCAAUUGCAAAAUACAGCACAUUCGUACCUGAAAUUAAAGACGAAAUCGCACCUUGCGAUUAUAGCAGUGUAAAUUAUUACGCUAAGGCGCUAAUUGAUCUCUCCUGCUCCGCUAGGACCAACGGUAUUUAUACUGUAAUAAACGUGUUAGAAAAGUCAUUCUCUUCCGAUAAUUCAACGUUUUUAUAUAACACUGAUGUUGUCUUUGAUAGAAAUGGAGUUGUAAUUGCCAAAUAUCGUAAGGUUAACUUAUUUAAUGAGGCUUUUGUUACUCCUGGAAAUACAACUGUGACUUUCCAAACAGAUUUCGGUGUUACGUUUGCUAUUUUCACUUGUUUUGAUAUACUCUUUAAAAACCCAUCCGUAGAUGUUCUUACUGAUACCAUCUCAGAUGUAAUAUAUCCGGUUGCUUGGUUCUCCGAAGUACCAUUCUUGCAGGCUCUUAGUAUACAAGCGGGAUAUGCAAAAGCAAACGGAGUAAAUCUGUUAGCUUCCGGCCUUUCGAAUGCAACAAACGGAAAUGGUGGUAGCGGUAUUUACCUAGCAAACGGAACUAUCACUGAAACUUACAUAUCGGCAGUUUCUGCUUCUAAAAUGAUUAUACAGGAUGUACCGAUUUUGCCCAAAAGACAAUCUUCCUGUCAUGAGAAUAUGUCUACUGUUUCCGGUAUUGCUUCUCAACAUGCAAGUUACUCAAUCGGAGGUUUAUCUUUAUUUAAGUUAAUGGUAGAAGAUUUAAGCAAUUAUACCACUCACAGUUUGAAUUUAACUCAAAAUUAUUCGUCAACUACGAUUUGUAGCGAAGGUAGCUCUUUUUGCUGUACGUUUAAUGUUACGAUUAAUUUAGAUACAGCAAGUGCCACCAAUGUAGUUUACAAAUUGGUGGCUUUUAAUGGAAACAGAAAAUUGGGUACAUCGACCAGUGGAAAUCAAAUUUGUGGUGUUGUUGCCUGUCUAACUGAUGACAUUUUGUCGUGUGGACAAAUACGAACUCUAGGGUCAAUGAUCGGAGUCAAAUUUAAUUCAAUAAUUAUAACAGGGAAUUUUGUAAAUGCCCCUGCUGGACAUACUUUACCAUCCACGUUGACGUUUUCUUUGACUCCGAUACAAAACUAUCGUUACUGUAGGACAAGUGGUAUUAAUGAGGCUCAGGUUAAUAUGAAUCUCACGAGUCCGCACGAUUCCAUUUUUGCAUUUGGAAUUUUUGGAAGGAGUUUUAAAAGAGAUGGAGGCUCCGUUGGAAGAAGUAUUGCUACAUUUAAUACUAUAUGUACAGUAUCGGUCUUUUUCUUAACAGUUCUUACUGUUUUACAACAAAAAAUUAUCUCAUAAGUUAAAUUGUGCAUAAAAACAGAAAUUCCUAUUUAUUUUCAUGCGCUCAUCAUUUAAUAUAACAAUUGUAUGUAAAUUUAUGAAAAUUG